CCCCCCCCACACACACCGGCGGCGCGUCGCGCGAUCUCGCCGCCGCCCCGCCACCGUUCGGCACCGAUUCCUUCGCUGCGCCCACCUCGCCUUAAGAAUUCCGUGCCCCGCUAUCCCGCGGCCGGAACCAUGCCGGUGGAGGGGAUGGACAAGGUGGUCGCGACGGUGAGCGGCUACCACGCCGACGAGCGGCACAGGCUCGUCAAGCUCAUCUCGGAGACCGGCGCGAGUUACGUCGGCGCCAUGAGCAGAUCAAUAACCCACCUGGUUUGUUGGAGGCUCGAGGGGAAGAAGUAUGACAUCGCGAAGAAGCUUGGGACACGCGUCGUGAGCCACCGGUGGUUCCAGGACUGCCUCAAGGAAGGGAGGCGCCUCCCCGAGGGUCCCUACAUGAUGGAAAGUGGUGAAGAAGCAGGGCCAGUCCAAGAGCCACCCACUCUGCCAGGCAAGCGGUCCAAGAGAAAUGCUUUCAUGGAGGAUACAUGUUUGGAAGAGUUACCUACUGAUUGCUGCAAUACUUCAUAUGCUAAGGAUGUGCUCAACAUUGGUGAUUCUGAUUCUGAUUUUGAGCUCCAGGGAUUGUUGGAUUCAUCCCUUUUAAAAGAAAAUUUUGUCACUCGUAGGAAUGCUAAGAAGAUUGAUUCACGAGAUGUCAAACAAAAAAGGAAGUGUUCAAAGCGUGCACGGAAAUCAACAGAUAAAGAUAUUCUACAUCCGCGAGACAAUGCCUCAAGUGUCAUGAUAAGAGAAGGGCUUCACAUGUCAAGUUAUACUUCAUCUCCUGGCCAAAAAGGUCAUACUUCAUCUCGGGGCAUGUCAAGACAGAAGGGAAACUUGUCAGCUCUCCUGCACAAUGAGAUUUCUGGACGCAUGGGUGAAAGAAAUGAUCUCAUGAGAAAGGAAUCGCAAAGCAAGCAUGCCCGUUAUCUUACAGAAAUCUCUGAUGAUGAUGGUUCCACUGACAGCUUCGAGGAAGUACAAAUAUUAGAUAUUCCGACUACAGAAGCUCGAACAAAAAUAGGGAGGAGAAAUGCUUCAGCAUCAUUCCGACAGUCUACAUUGGACAGUAUAUACAGUUUUGGAGAAAAUAGUUCACAUGUUUAUGAAUCAGAAGAAAGUGAGGAGCAAGUAAAUGUUGAAAUUGGUCAGAGUUCAAGAAGCUUGCAACCUGGUGACUUGUUUGGAGAUGAGCCACCUUUCUGUACUCAAGAGAAAAUAGAUCAAAGCAACCUUGACAUUGUAGCUGAUCAUGAAAAGACAGAUGAGGAGAAGCCUACCAUGGAAGAAUCAUCCAACCUGCAAAGACAAGCAGAACUUUCUUGUGUCAUUUGCUGGACCGAUUUUUCUUCCACAAGGGGCAUCUUACCGUGUGGACAUCGGUUCUGUUACUCAUGCAUUCAAGGAUGGGCAGAUUGUCUGUCUUCUAGGGGAAAGGUCUCAACAUGCCCUCUUUGCAAAGCAAGUUUCUCCUGGAUCAGCAAGGUGGAUGAGGCCGGCACGUCAGAUCAAAAGAUAUACUCGCAGACCAUUCCUUGCGGAGCUUCUACUGACGUUUUCGUGUUUGCUGAUGAUGGCUACGACCUUCCAGGAUCAUCGUCUGCUCAAGGAGCCUGCUACCAGUGCCACAGCCGUGAGCCUGAAGAGCUUCUGCUGAGCUGCCAUGUCUGCCGGUCACGGUGGGUACACUCUUACUGCCUCGAUCCUCCACUGACUCCCUGGACGUGCAUACAUUGCAGAGACCUACGGAGGACGUAUCAGCGCUAUCGCUAGCCUGAGUUCUGAAAAUUCAACGUCGUCCUGAUUCUUGGUAUCAGUAGGCUGCUGGGAUUCCUGGAGCAGCUCUGAUCAUUUGUUUCAGCCCUCUGAUUCCGGAGAAACUGAGAAGGGAGAACUGUCAGUAAACGGCACAAACUCUGCCUAAACUCCAUGUGGUGUCGUGGUUGUAAACUUUUAAUGUUAAAAUAAUUGUUCCACCCCCUCCGUGAUGGAGACGAUACAGGAUAGAGAUCGGGUCAUAUCGUCCGUAAUAUGCACGACAUUAGUGCAUGCCAUCAUGUAUUUUCUGACAAUCAACUUAUAAAACAGCACAUACUAUAUUAGUGAUAGCAAUUGUAGUUCUGGUGGCUCUUUGAAACGAACGGUUGAACAGCAAUAAUGGGUCUGCUCUUAGAGAUUGCACUUC